UAUUGGGAGAAGAUAAAUGGACUCUUUUUAAUGAUUCACAGCAACCUCAUUUAUCCCCUACUGUUACUAGAGAGAAAAAUGUCAUCAGAUAACCAGUGGUCAGCAGAUGAGGACGAAGGCCAAUUUUCCCGGCUGAUCAGGAAAUCUAGAGACUCCCCCUUUGUGCCUGUAGGGAUAGCAGGCUUUAUGACUGUGGUGUCCUAUGGUCUUUACAAGUUAAAGAACAGAAGAAAUCAGAAAAUGUCCAUUCAUCUUAUUCACAUGAGAGUUGCUGCCCAAGGAUUUGUUGUAGGAGCUGUGACUCUAGGUGUUCUCUAUUCUAUGUAUAAGGAUUACAUUAGACCUCGAUUCUUCAAUGUGUCCAAAAAAUGAAGCUGCAUACAAAAAAUACAAGAAGCCUUCUGAAAACUAUUAUGAGGAAUGAAUUUUCAAUAUGUAGCAAAUUGUACUGCAGAAGUAUUAGAGUUUUCACAGCCUGAUAUAGUAAGUCUCAAUUGUUUAAGAAGUCGACUUCCAAAGCAAUAAUCAUAGUCAACGCAAAAAUAUCCUUGGUGAUGUCUUUCAGAACCUAGAGCAGCCGUGGGCAAACUACAGCCCGCGGGC